AUGUUUGAACGUAUCGGCAAGUGUAACGAAAGCUCGGAUACACUCCGAGCAGAAGGAAACCAAUUAUACGCUCGGAAGAUGUUUUACGAUGCAUUAUUAAAGUACAAUGAGAGCCUCUGUGCUGCUGAGUCGGAAAGCGAGAAUAUGGGACUCGCAUUUGCAAACAGAUCGGCUGUUUAUUUCGAGAUGAAGCUUUAUGAUAAAUGCCUGAACAACAUUGAUUUAGCCAAGGAAAAUCACUAUCCGAAUAAAAAUCUAGAAAUUCUUGAGAAGCGAAAAGCAAAAUGCUUGGAAAUGACGAAGCAGUUAAAAGAAGAAUUUUCAACAGUCUUGAAUUUCAAACUUUCUUAUCCACCAAAUAAGAAACUUCCAUUUAUUGUCGACUGCUUAGAGUUGAAAACGAACAAAGAAUUUGGACGGCAUAUUGUGACAAAUAAGACAUUAAAAGUCGGCGAUGUUUUAGUGAUAGAAAAACCAUUUGUCGAAAUAAUUCAAACAAGCUUUUUGUACACACGCUGCAGCAAUUGCUUCAACGAUAACAUGAUGGAUUUAAUUCCAUGUAUGACUUGCAAUGGAGCGAUGUUUUGUACAUCACAGUGUCGAGAAAUUGCUUUUAAAAAUUUUCAUAAAUAUGAAUGUCAAUUAGUAAACUUAAUUUCAAGUUCCUUGUUAACCCCAACAAUGCGAAUGGCACUUCGGACUCUCUUCGUUGCACUUUCAAUCUUUGAAGGAUCGAUUGAAGACCUUGAGAAGUUUCUGCAUGAAAACACCGAUUGCCGCACAAUUUUCGACUUAGAAGAUUUUAAUGACAUGAAGCAAAGAUUUUUGGCAGUAAACUCAUUAAUUUCAAGCAGUGACAUUGAAGUUAAUGCAUCAAUUUUUGAAGAAAUCUUCCAUGUUGUUCCACAACUGAAAUCAAUGUGGACGGUUCACGGUCAAUUCAUUGAAAGUUUUCUCAGGAAACAGACUCAGAUUGGAAUAUUAAAUUAUCAUGAAAUUUUUUCUUGGCCAUUAAAAAAAGGUGGAUUUCUUGACAACGAUAUCACUGCCUUCAAGGGAUCAUUGGCAUAUCAGCGAGGUGUUGUUGGAACUGGCUUUGGAAGUUAUUCAUUCACUUCUUUGUUGAAUCAUAGUUGUGCACCUAACAUUUGCAGAAUACACAACAAUAAUGAAAUUAUUUUGAUUGUUCAACGACCAAUCGCAAAAGGUGAACAGUUAUUUGAUAAUUACGGAUAUUGUUUCACAAACGUGUCUAAAGACUGCCGACAACAAGCUUUGUUAAAGCAAUACAGAUUCAAGUGUAAUUGUCGUGCUUGCGUAGACAAUUGGCCGCUUUUACCAUCCUUGAGAGUUCUUGAUAAAGCGUGUCUGAAUAAAGCUAAGAAGGCAUGUCGAGAAGUUAGUUCUGCUUGUUUAAGCAAAAAGAAAGCACACGAAAAAUAUAAAGAUCUUUGCGAAGUAAUUGAGAAGAAUUCAAAAAAUUAUCCAACACUUGAAGUGUGCAGUUUGAUGGAAAGUUCUUUUGCCUAUCUUGAAAUGACUUUAAAGCCGUUACUUCAAUUUCCAUGA